CAACAAUCAACAACCAGUCUUCGAUUUGUUGGCGAUGUAGUAGCAGAUAUUCGUUGUUUAUCACGCAAGGACAGCCAAAGAAAAGUGAUAGAAUCCAGGAGUGGUGCCAAGAUGUCUGAGGUGGGCAUAAUGUCUCCUGUCCCAGUGGGGUCACUGGCGACCCCAACGCCCCCUGGAUCAGGCAAACGAAUCACUAUGUCACCACAAAAGACCCCAGCGUCAAGUCGUCCUGGGACAAGCAAGACUGGUGCUAGCCUAGGUCUAGGAGUUCCAGAAUCAAAUACAGAAAUAUACAGUCCGGUUCCAGACUAUUUGAAACCUCUUGUACGAAAUGCUGUCAAAAGAUGGAAAAAAUUCCAUGAGCAGAAAGUCAUGGCAAAAGUUGUGGACUUGAGAAACAACAAAAAAGAGUACACAAAGAAUUUAAAAUCAAAAGCCAAGCAUAUGGCUAAGAAAAUACCGAUGGAGCUUCUUGCAAGAGACUGGCUGAACCACAGUAAAGCUACUGUUGAGACCAGGGCAUUCCUUGUGGACAAGGUGAUGCCUCUUGUUGUGCUCGGUACAGAGAAACUCUUACAGGAGGUAGAGAGCCGAGGCCUUGCUAACAAAGAGGAGCCGGAUGCUAAUUUCAAUCCUUUAAACUUCCUUGCCAAGUACCUGAUGCGGAAUAAUCCUCGGUAUAGUAAUUUCAUGGAGGCGUCUCCGUACAUGAGGGGGAUGAGAGAAGUGGCGGAGGAGCUGAAGGCUGAAUUGUUUGAUUAUGAAGACAACAGGCUCGCCAAAUUAAAGGCAGACGCCAAGAGGAAGAGAGAAGAACGCGAACAAGCUCAACGUAUGAAGGUAGUUGAAAAAGAGAGACGGGAUGAAAAUCUGAGGAAUCAAUUCUUGGAAUGGAAUGUCGGUUAUGAGGGCAUGGUAGAGGUGGCAUUGCUCCAGAGUGCACUGAGGUCAUUUGCAGAGGUUGCAGAACAAUAUCCCGAUGAACUAAAAGAAGCGGCACAGUUCAGUCACACGCUCGAACCUACCGACGAAACAGGCAGGAUGCUGUCACUCAAAGAGUUCUGUCAGUACCUGAACAAGUUCAUCGAGGAGAUGCCCAGUGAUGUGUUUGACCAAUUCAUUGUUCACUUGUCGCGCUGUGCCCUUGCUUACAGAGCGUCCAAUGAGAGAGACUCAAGGAAGGCUGUAUUGACCAACUUGUUCAUGUCUUGCGACCACAGUGGGAUUGGCCUCCUUGAUCGACAUCGUAUUCUCAGCUUAUUUGAACAGUUUUACGACAAGGCUAGCGAUAUUAUGAAGUUCUCGCUACGCAACCCAAGACGAUGGCCUGUUGUUGAGUUAGAUGAAGAAGACAGUGCAUACAGUGAUGAUGAGGAUGAACAAGACAUUGAUAUCGAGGAGCUGAAGAGGCUGCAAGAAGCAGAGGAACAGGCACUAACUGAGCGGAAGGGUUCAGCAUCGUCGGUCAAAUCAGCGGGAUCGGCAAAAUCGGUGAAAUCGGAGAAAGGCGAAGAACCAGAUACUGAAGAACCAGAAAAGCAAUCAGAAGAUACUGCUCAGAAAACUGACGUUGCAGAAAGCCAGGAAGUCUUGGAUGAAGAAAAAUCAGACGAGCCUAAAGAUGUUAAAACCGAGGAGACUCAGGAGGAGGAAUCUUCUAGCAAAGCAGAGGAAGAGAAGGAGGGUACUAUUGCUGCCCAAGAAGAGGCAGAGGCUAAGCCAGAUGAAGCAGAGGUCCAGGGCGAGGAGGCUGAAGCAAAGCCUGAGGAAUCUGAGGCCGUGGUUGAUGGGAUUACUGAUGCUGAGCAGGAGCCGGGGGCAGCUGAUGCGGAGAAAUCCGAUGAACAAAAGCCAGCUGAUGCAGUGGAUGCGGAGGUGAAGGAAGUGGCAGCCGUUGAUCUUUCGGAGAAAGAGAAAGCAGCAGAGGAGAAGGAGGAGAAGGACGUUGAUGAAGUAGGAGAGAUUGCUAAGCUUGAUGAAGAAAUCAAAAAGGCUGAAAACCAAGAUGACAUAGAGGGUGAAGGUGUUCCACCAAAGACCACGCAGACUGGUCGAGGCAGCGUCUCCUUUGCUACUGGCACUGUCUAUGAGCGGGAAAAGACACAACAUUCUACCUUGUCCUUGUCAAGGAGUCAGUCGCAAGCCUCUGCAUUUGAUGAGAACAGCCUGAAUGUCUCGCAGUUCGUGCAACUGACUGAGACCUUCUUAGGAGACUAUCCCACCUCGCAGUCAUUUGAGAGGCUGACUGGGUUCAUUAGGGAUAGAUAUGCAGAGACAGAUGAGGAGAGAAUGAAGAGAAUGACGAAGGCACGAAAAGAGGCUCUCUCGGCCAAGAGAAAGCUGACGGCUGACGCUCUGUUUGAGAAGUGGGACAACGACGGCUCUGGUUUCCUUGACGAUGAAGAAAUUGAGCCGGUCAUCGAAAAGUACAAGGGAGGCAUGGAAACAGCUGCUCUCCGUAAAGCCAAGAAGAAGAUGGAAACACACUACAAUCAUACUGACAACAAAUUCUCAAAGAAGGAGUUUCGUCUAUUCCUAUACGCCAUCGCAGAAAAUGUGCCCGGUGAUGAAAGCUUUGAAUUUUUGUGCGAAUAUCUCUCACUCAGCAUAGAUCGUACCUAUGCAGAAAGGAUUCGUGGUGAAGCACGAAAGAAAUGGCUCCAGCAGAUCGUUGGUUCGGCCGAAACAAGUGGUGCAAAUAUGGAAGCGGUCUAUCGUCAAGUCUUCCAAGCUUUCUACAAGGAUUCCGAAACACAUGGCGAUGGAAAGAAGAUCAGCGUGAAUAUUGCCAUGAUCGAGCAAAAUGAUGUCGCACCUGAUAGAGGCCGAUUGAUGUUGAAAUAUGUGGCGGCCACACCUGAGGAUGCCCCAUUCAUGAUUGGUACUGUCAUGUUCAAGGAUAUGAGGGGAAUCAGUUUUGCUGCCAUCGAGAGUGGAAAACCCAUCCAUGUGCCUCGCGUCAACAACCAUGGAAACAUCAUGUUCUGGAACCCCAACCGACCAGAGGAGGAGCGCGAAGGAUCACUUAUUGUCAUACCCUUGAAAGAUCGUCAGAAGCGGGUAUUCGGAGUGAUGAGUAUCGACACAUUGAAUGACCCACACACCAAGGCUAUCUUCAUUACGCAUGAGAUUCAGUUCUUCCAGGGCAUUGCCAAGGCUUUCAGCAUUGCUUACCACCAUGUAGACAUAAGGCGAAAGACGCUGAGGAUCGUUGAGAGCGCCGUGUCCUGGAUGCACCGCCGAUGUCCGAACAUCCACGAUAUCGUCUUCUACAUGGUCGAGCCGGACAACAAGGCGUCCGAUUAUGUUCUGAGGAAGAUGCUCCAGACUGAUGAGAAGGGACACCCGAAAAUUGCAGCAACACCGCCACGGUUAGAAAGGAAAGACAAUCUCUUCAGGCCUCCACUCGGAAGGGACUAUCUUUUCAAGUGCGUGGACAACUCUGAGAGCGUCACAGCAGAUGCGUACGGGGAACGCCACCUGGCCAUACCGCUCAGAGAUAACAAUGGUGUGGCAGUAGCAGUCGUCGACAUAAGUAUCGGAGCGCUAAAGAAACUGCCUAAGAUUGAGAAUAAGGAAAUGAUGAAGAUGUUUAAGCUGCUGCAGAUGGCUUACGCUGAGGUCUGCAAGGAAUCAGAAGACUCAGGUGCGUUAGAUUCGAAGAACGUGGAGGUUAUGUUCGAUCACCUCAUGCUGAUGGACCUGAGGGAGAACGUGUCCAAGCUGGACGGCCGUGCCUACGCUGAGUUGCGGAGCUAUAAGGAACCACCAAAGAUCAUCCAUGACAUCAUCCAAGCUGUGCUCAGUAUCUUCUAUCCUGAGAAGGCACAAGAGGGUGUCUUUGGUGAAUGGGGCGGAUGCAAACAGUUUGUUGAUACGAGCCUAAGCAAUGCAAUAAUGAAGUAUGACCCUACCAUUACGGAAACACUCAUCCCGGCAGAAGUUAUUGCGGAGCAUCUCAAUGAUGUGCCACAUGGUGCUGUAGCCAAGCAUGGGUCAAUCCCGGCUCAGUACCUCUACAACUGGGUCUUUGUCUGCCUCUCCCUCAUCGAGCACACAGGCAAGAUGCGCAAGAACAAGGUCCUUCCACCUGUGCAGAGCAGUACGCCGCCGCCACCCACUGACGCCGAGGCUAAACCGGAGGAAGAUACAGCAGAAAAACAGCAACAAGAACAAACUGAAGUUGCGGAGCCAGCUGAGACAAUCGCUGACUCUGCAACUGCUGGAGAUGAGCAAGAGAUCGAGUAGAAUGAGGAGGUACAUUCCACAUCUGGACCCAGCUUGUUCAAAAUCAGUUUUGUCACCACCACUGGCAUUAUCUUAACUUGGCAUAAUGGGUGAUAUGAAUAAAGAGUAGUAAAUGCUUUUAUCUAAAACUCCAUGUACAUUUACACUUGGCCUUUCUGUACAAAAUUGAAGUAAAAGCAUUUGCUAGUCUUUAUUCAUAUCACCCAAUGUCUGAGGGCUCAACUGAUGCGUGGUCAUUAUGUACAAACACCACCAACUUGAGCCAGGUUUCAUGUACACCCUUCAGGGGUGAGACUUCGUAGAAAAUUAUUCAUUGGGUGUGUACAAAUACUGGCCCUGGCACGAUUGUCGGGAUGACAAUCCCACAUCAGAAUAGAGAUCUGAUGAGCCUCGGUGUGGUAUAUUAAGGCACAUUUUCUCAAAAUAUCUCCUUAUGCCAUAAAUUUGAAUUUGCUCAUUGUCUGACUAGGGAUUAAUUUGGUCAGUAGUCUUGUAAAUUUCUGUGAUAAAUAGAAGCUAUUUUGUAUCUUCUUGUUGAGUUUUGAAGUAUUUUAUCCUAAUCCAUCCAUUCCAAAUUUUAGGUUGAUGAGUGAUUUAACACUAAGAGACACUUGCCUGUUAAUUUUUAAGGACAUCACCACUCACUCUAGAUGUUAAUUGUCUCUUUAUAAAAUUUUAUUCAAAGUUUUGAGGACUGUGGUAGUGAGGUUUGAUAUCCACUAAGGUUUGAUAUCCACUUGGCCAAAUUGUCAUUUGGAAAAUAGUAUACUCAUGAUCAAAGGGCCUGCAGGCCUAAAAAGUUGAAACAUUUUGUACAUGUAUAGAUUUUAUUAUACUUUAUCAAGGCCAGAUAAAAAAAUAGGGUGGGGGUUCGUUAGGGACAAGCAACAACUAAUUUUUUAUCAGGCCUACUAAGCAUGUUAAGUCACUGCUUGUCUGGAUGAUCAUGUGCAAGUAUCCCAACAGAAUGAUAUGUCGGUAUAGUUAUGUACAUGAUAGAUGAUGGUUGACAGACAAGGAAGUGUUAAACUGUGUCAAGGUUGUAUAUUUUGUACAAAGUUCUUUGCCAAAAUAAAUCAAGUAAAUGUGAA